GUCCCGGAGGAAGAGCGGCCGAGGCACUGGAGGCUGGGGUUGGCAGUGGCCAGGACUAAGGUCUCCUAGCCCCCAGGGAACCUCCUUCAUGGACCCGGGGAUCCGGAAAGGGGCCGCCUCAGCUUAGGAUGGGCAACUGCGUCAAGUCUCCACUGACAAAUCUCUCAAGGAAGAUGCGACAGGAGAAGACCAGCUAUACAGUGGUGCAGACGAGCGAGGAGGGGCUGGCCGGCGCCGGCGAGCUCCCCGGACCACUCCUGACGCUCACCCAGAACUGCGCUGUCACGCACAACCUACUGGGCCCUGCCUGCAUUUUCCUGCGCAAGGGCUUCGCUGAGAACAGGCAGCCUGACAGAUCACUGCGACCAGAGGAGAUCGAAGAGCUCCGAGAGGCCUUCAGAGAAUUUGACAAGGACAAGGACGGCUACAUCAACUGCCGCGACCUGGGCAACUGCAUGCGCACCAUGGGCUACAUGCCCACCGAGAUGGAGCUCAUUGAACUGUCCCAGCAAAUCAACAUGAACCUGGGUGGCCAUGUGGAUUUUGAUGACUUUGUGGAGCUAAUGGGACCUAAACUUCUGGCAGAGACAGCAGAUAUGAUUGGAGUAAAGGAACUGCGAGAUGCUUUCCGAGAAUUUGACACCAAUGGUGAUGGGGAGAUAAGCACCAGUGAGUUGCGAGAAGCCAUGAGGAAGCUCCUGGGUCAUCAGGUGGGACACCGAGACAUAGAGGAAAUUAUCCGAGAUGUGGACCUCAAUGGGGAUGGACGAGUGGACUUUGAAGAGUUUGUCAGGAUGAUGUCCCGCUGAGGCAGCGAGGGCGCCUCCAGGACUGCCAAGCUCCCACAGGUGGGGAGAAGAGGAGCCUCACCCCGCCGCAGCCGCAGAGAGCCCAGGAUGAACUGGCGGAUGGGGCCUGCCUGCACCGGGGGGAGGUGCCUACCCCGGACCCCCACCCCUCCGCACUGUGAAAGACUCACAACUCCUGCAACUGGAAAGGGGGGUGCCUGCCAACAAGGAGGCCACAGUGCCAAGCCGGCCGAGGUCAUGCCAGGCGCCAAGUGCCAUGAGCCCAGCCACUGAUGGCUGGGUGGGCCAGGGAGCCCGCAAGCAGACCCCGCACAGCAUGUCUGCCCUGGGGCAAAGCCUCUUGCUCCCUUCUUAGCUCGGUGCCCAUCCCAGCUCGCCUCAGCCCUGUUAUCUCAGUACCAAUAAAAAUAUUUCCACGAG